AUAACUAAGUACAAAAUGGGCAGUCAAAUUAAAAUAGAGUUGCCGGAAGACGAGCGUCCAUCCAUCCUUUUGCCUGUAUACCCAAAGCCCCUGGCGGAGCGGGACAUUGGCCCGAGGUUCGAUGAGAAUGGCUUCACGGCUGUGGAGAAGGCUGCACUGCGCAACGCUUGGCGCUUCAUCGAACCCUUUCAACGUCGCUACGGGCAGGCCACAUUUUAUGCCUUUCUUACGGAACAUGAGAAUCUAAUCAACUCCUUUCGAAUCAAUACAAAAAUCCACUUGGGCAAGCUACACGGCCAUGCCACGGCAAUGAUGAAACUGCUCUCGAAAUUGGUGCACACUUUGGACGAGAGUUUGCAGUUUCGUUCAAGCCUGGAUGAGAAUUUGCCCUUUCAUCUGAAAAGCGGCAUUGACAUUGAUUACAUGAAGCUGCUGGCAGUUGCCUUGAAGGAUUACUUGCUGGCCUGUCCGGAGAUAAAAAAUCAUAAUUCCUGCACCCUCACCACUGCGCUGGAGAAAUUGGUGACCAUUGUCGGGGAAUAUGCUGAGGCUGAUGAUGCACGGAAGAAGGCCUUGUCUGUCUACUACCGCAGCACCAAUAGCAAUCCCAUACCCAAAAAUGAACGGACAUCCAGUGUGCAGGCAGUCAAGGAAGUCCAAGAAGUUAAGAAGUCUUUGGAAUAGUUUGGAAAAUAAUAG